AUGUCGAAACCAUCGGAAUCGGCCCUGAAGGACAUAAACCAGGGUUCAGAAACCAGCCAAAAUGAAAAGACACAUUCAUGGAUUGUCGGGGGCAAGUACCGCGAGGAGGCAGAGAACCUAGCGACGCAUACCUCUGGCCGCGGUCCCCCCGAGGAAGUCGACUUUGACUUCCCCCCGACAGCAUGCGAGCCUGGCCGCAUCGAAAAGACGAACGAGGAUGUCCUCGUCCUCACCUUCCUCGACGCCGACCCCGAGAACCCCUUCAACUGGCCCCUGGCCAAGAAGGCCUUCAUCUCGCUCCUCCUCUGCCUCAUGACCCUCUUCGUCGGUCUGGCCACAACAGCCUACAGCUCCGGCAUCAACAGCAUGACCUCUGAUCUCGGCGUCUCAACCGAACUCGGCCAGCUCGGCCUCUUCACAUUCAACUUCGUCUGCGCCUUGGCUCCUCUCUUCCUCGCCCCCUUCUGUGAGCUGGUCGGCCGCCGCGUCAUCUACGUCGGCGCCUUCAUCUGCUUCAGCAUCAUGUUCAUCGGCCUCGCCCUAGGCAAGAACAUCGCAACCAUCAUCGUCUGCCGCGGCCUCCUCGGUCUCUUCGGUUCCGUCGGCACCAUCCUCGUCGGCGGCACCUUCUCCGACAUGUACACCCCCGAGAACCGCGCCAUCCCCAUGGCGACCUUCUCCUACGUCGCCAUCCUCGGCACCGUCGGCGCCCCCAUCUACGCCGGCUUCAUCGACGAGACAAUCGGCUGGCGCUGGAUCGAAGGUAUCCAAGGCCUCGCCAACAUCCCACUCAUCCUAGUCGUCGCCCUCUGCCUCCAAGAAACCCGCGGCGGCGCCAUCAUGCAGAAACGCGCCAAGCUCCUCCGCGAACAAACCGGCGACAACCGCUACAAAUCCCUCUCGGAGCUCGAGGCCCCAACCCUCAAACACGCCCUGCACAACUCCUCCAUCAAAGCCGUGCACAUGCUCUUCACCGAACCCGCCGUCUUCGCCUUCGGCAUGUGGAUCGGCUUCGCCUGGUUCGUGACCUUCCUCUUCCUCUCCGUCAUCCCAAUCACCUUCUCCGAGAAGCGCAACUGGAGCGAGGGCGUCGCCGGCCUCCCCUACAUCUCGCUGUGCAUCGGCACAACCCUCGGCUUCGCGCUCAACUUCCUCCAAAUCCGCAAGUACAAGGCCAUCGAGAACUCCGACCGCCCCGUGACCCCGGAAUCGCGCCUCUACGGCGCCAUGUUCGGCGCCAUCUGGCUCCCCAUCGGCCUCUUCAUCUACUCCUUCACCCAGUACGGCUACCUGCACUGGUUCGGCCCCGUCUUCGCCCUCACCCCCAUUGCCGUCGGGAUCUUCUUCAUCUUCGAGAGCACGUACUCGUUCACGGCGGACUGCUAUGGCGAGAACUCGUCUUCCGCGAUCGCGGGGCAGGGUCUGCUCCGCAAUACGCUGGGUGCCGUGUCUCCGCUCUUCGCGUCGCAGUUUUUCCAUAAUGUGGGCAGUCAGUAUGCGGGGUUGAUCUUGUCGCUUGCCGGUACGGCGCUGGCGCUCGUGCCGUUUGUCUUCUUUAAGUGGGGGCCUAAUGUGCGUGCGCGAUCGAAGCUUGCUGAGGCGGGGAAGGGGGAGGAUGAGGAGAAGAAUAAGACGGGGACGACGAUGUAUCGGUAG